CUGAGCACCCUCAGUUGUUGUUCUGUCAUCAGUUAACUCACCCGAUCUGUGAUAAAAAAAACAAUAGUCGAAUCAUGUUCAGCAUUUAUCAGCAACUCAACAAAAAGGAUGAAGAUUCUGGUGGGUCACGUCGCGGGUCAGAUUGCACAGGACACGAUCGUUUUUACCAGGAGCCAGCUCGUGUUAAACGUAAAAAACGACCGCCAAAUCGACGGACACGUAGUGCCAUUGAACUUGAUUCAAAUGCCAUGUUGACGGCACGCAAUUACGUUAAAAAUAAUCGUAGUACAAGUAUUGAAAGUACGACAAGUAACGCGAGUACUAGUUCCUCGAGUAUUAAUAAUUUAAGUGAAGAUAAAUUCCAAUUUGUCAAUAAAAUUGAUAGUCUCGCUAAAAUUUUAUUCAAUCGUGUUUCUAUAACACGCUCACGCGAAAGCGAGUCGAGUAAUGGAAAACAUCACUACAAGUCACUAGACCAAAAUCCAACGAUCUGUGAGGAAAGAAUUGAAUAUUUAGAAUUAGAAAAAAAAUCACGGGACCAAGCGCUAAAUAUUUGUCAAGUUUAUUUACAAGCAACAACGCGAUAUAAUUUAGCCAACCAGCUUCACAAUAUCGGAUCGCGAGUGGACAAAUUUUGGUUUGUGGUAACGGACACGCUUUUGAAGACUGACAGACUCCUGACACUGACACCGCUGAGUAAAAAUUGUCCACUGAGUGUCUGCCCAUCGACCAAAGAAAUUCUAAAUAAAUUAUUUCUAUUUAUACAGCAUCCAUACGUAUGUCCGAUACUGGACAUUGAAUUUAUUGAGUACGAGGAAGAAAAUUAUGUGAUCGUUUUACAGCCGAUUAAUCACGGCUGCCUUAAAGAUUUAAUUUAUGGGAUUGACAAAAACAGUUGGAACAAUGAUUGGACCAAUAAAUAUGUUUCUCGUGGUAAUGGACUAAUUUUACCACAAAUUCAAGUAAUCGGACGUCAAAUUCUCGAAGCACUUUUAUUUUUAAAAGAUCGUGGAUAUCCGACGAUCCAUUUACACUCAGGAAAUGUCGCGAUUCAAAACGGAAUGGCGCGAGUUGCCGGUUUAGAAAAUUCUCUCCUAGGUUUUACAAGCCGAAUUUAUCCGCUCGUUAGUACACGAGCUCCAUAUGGAACUUCGAUCGAAAGCAUUUGCUUUGGACAUUUAUUAUUCGAAAUGACAACAGGGUAUGAAUUGUGUUCAUUUAAGCCGUCCAGAAUUCAUUAUGAUGACGUUGCUAAAUUUCCAUUGGUUUACGAGCUAAUGGAAUUCAUUUUCAAUAGUCCAGAUAAUCGUUAUCCAUCACUAGAAGAAAUACUGUUGCAUGAAUUAUUUCGUAAUAUUGAUUUACGAGAAUUGAGACACGCUCCAGUAAAUACAUUUCGUCCAAUACUUAAUCCGUCUGUAGUUAAUUUACUCGAAGACAUAAAACGACACAAUAGUCGAAGAAAAAGUUAUGCACGUGUACUUACUCAUUAACAUUUUCAUCAAUUGAAAAAAUGAAUUACUAGUAUUGAAGAAAUAGAUUUAUUGAUCUCGAUCUAAACUUUAAAACAAUAAA